AUGGGAAAGAGCAAGAUGGACGACGCUGCGGCUGCGCGUAUCCGCAAAGCCCGCGGUGACAAAGACGACUUCGCUAAGCGUGCCACCAUGGCUGCCCAGGCCAAUAGAGAUAGGGAGGCGUCAAGUAGAGAGCAGAAGGGUGGCUACUCGGGCAGUGGAAGUAAACAGGAAGGGGUAAGAACAAAAUAA